CCGGAAGUUUACGUUAGUGAGUCUUGUAGGGUGACAGCCCAAAGCUAGACUGCAUAGAAUACAAGAUUACCGCACUUAAAAAAAACAAACAAACAAAAAAACAAAGUAUUUAUUUUAUCAGACGUACCGGCAUUUAUGCGCACUGCAUUAAUGUAACAUUUUAAGCAUGGCUGCGGAGUUUUUAGUAAUGUUGUAUGAGUAUUCUCCUGUCUUUUACAUUACUGUCAUAUCAGUAUGUUUCAUUAUCACUGUGGCUGUUGUGUUGGGCUGGUUUGGAUUUGAUGUCCCGGUCAUUUUACGCAGUUCAGAUGAGGCUGAGUCUUUAACACCCGUCCCUGAGAGGAAGAUGGUGCAGGUGACCAAUCCCUUCGCUUUAGAGAUGGACUCUACGGUUGGGACAGUAACUGAGGGUGUGAAUUUGCAGCCGUAUUGUCUUGAAGACUGUGUCCUGAGCUGUUUUUGGGGUUGUGGGGUCCAGGCUCUCCAGGCGGCCCUUCAGAGUCACCAGCGUGAGGUCCCGCUCAGCACACCAGAGCUGUUUCAAGAGGCUCUGGAGUUCAGCUACCAUCACCACCAAAGCUUCAACAUACAGAAAGAAGAAAAAGAAGAAUACCUCACCCAGAUGCCUCCAGAUCUCGGAGUAACCGAUUUUGGGUCGCUCCCGCGGGAUCGAUACCCCUUGGUGGCUGUGUUGACCCUAGCCAAUACGGAAACCAGGGACAACUACAAUAUUGUGGCCAGUGUGACAGUGCUCCACAUUCCUGAUGACAAAUACAGGCUCUCUGCGAGGAUCUUGUUUCAGUAUCUUCUCACUGCACAAGGGAAUUUAUACGAUCUGAAGCCUCUCUUCAUGUCAGCAGACAACAGCAACUUGUCUGGAACCACAGAGCCUUCGACUAGUACUCAAGGGGUGGAGCCACAGCCCGAAAGUCCAGGUGAGAAAGGGGAGGAGUCUGAUUCGGAAGGGGAGUGGCCUGAUGCCCAAGGCAGAGACUGUGUGGUGUGUCAGAACGCACCGAUCAACAGAGUGCUGCUGCCAUGCAGACACGCAUGCGUAUGCGACGGCUGCGUGUGCCACUUCCAGCACUGUCCUAUCUGCCGAGCGUUUGUCCUUGAAUCUUUUGCUCUGGCUAACCAACCUUGUGAUGAUGAAGAAGAGGAGGAAGACUUAAUAGAAGACUAAAACUGUGUAAACUCAGUAUUAAAAGCAAGCCUUUGCUGGAAAAGCUAAACUCGAAAAGGAAAAGUAGCAUCUUUAAAGGUAAAGAGAUGCAGGCAGCUGACCUUUAACCCCAAGUAUGGACGCUAUUAGAAUAAUUUCAGUUUUAGACUUUUGAAGUUGAGCGUGCUUGUAAAAUGUGUUUAAUAUAGAGAUUUUAAGUUGAAUAGAAUAUUUAUUUUUUUCUCAUAAUAUUGGUUGAACUAACAAAUACAUAUUUCAGAAUGAA